UCAUCUAUUGCUGCCCCUUUGUCAUCAUUACUUCGAAAGCCUCUCUCUUUUCCAUUUCCUUUUACAUUUGCAGAUAGACAUUAUUUCUCCGCUAUAUAAUGCAACUUUGAUCCUCAUAUUAGGACACAGGGAGCCCCAUACAUACUACAUAUAUUUGUCUUGGUUUUUACUUUCAGAGUCACCAGCAAGGAAUCCUUCCUUCUCUUACUUUUCUGCAGAAAUUUAACCUUACGAGGGAAAUUAUGUGCAUGAAUUCUUCAACCCCGAUUUCUAGUAGUGAUUUUUCCUACUCUUUUUCCCGUAGACGUUCGUCCAAGAGGCACAAUGUUCGUGUUCGCCAUCUGAAGAGGUGGAGAAGGUCGAGGAGGGGAGCAGUGGGAGCAAGUAAGAUGAUGGUGAAGGAUGGAGUAGCGAAGAUGGAAAUCAAGAAUUUGAAACUGUAUAUGGAGAACCAGGGCAUCAGAGAGGAGAACGAGAAGCUGAGGAGGAAAGCACUACUUCUCCACCAAGAAAACCAAAGCCUGUUGGCUCAGCUACAGAAGAAGCUAUGUAACUCCCAGACUACUUAAAACAGCAAUAACCAGUUGUGUUAGGCUACUAGAAUGCUUCGUUACACCAUGCAGAAUUAGAACAUCAGUUAGUAUGUUGGCAGCCAGGGGAGUCAUUAGAUUUCAUUUUCUUUUCUUUUUCUCAGAUCUUUUCUUCGUUAGCUGCUUAAAUCAGGUUUCUUUUCUAUAAAUUUGGGGUGGGAAUGGGUUCUAGUUCCAUUUAUGUAUCUCAGUAAAAAAGUUUAGAGUGGAAAUAUAAGGUAGAUGUUCUAUAUCUCCAUUCAAAGUGCACUCUCAGCAAUAAAAGGGUUAUGUGCCU